CUAGUUAUCUGUCUACAGUGUUUGCUAUUAGAAGAAAACGUGACGAUUCCCUCGCCUAUCGCACGCACCCCUCCUCCCUCGUACGUGCGGCGGCGGUUAUCCGGUCUUGUUUCUCUUGUUCCAACGGGAGGGCGCGCGCGGCGAAAUCAAUUAACCGUCCGCGACACAAAAACAAGUACCACAUGUUAUCGUCGCAGAAAAUCAAAAUUAUACCGAUAUUUUACACAUGCUCCAGCUAGUUGUCAACAACAUUGAGCGAUGAAAAAUUGUAAGGUAAUUAUGUCGGGGGCACGGCGUAGUUUAGCGCAUUGGGAAGUGUAGCGGAUGGAUUUUUCUUCGGCCGCCAGUGUGCCGUAAUUGCUUGGUGUGGAGAGCGUCAGUUGCAUGCUUGUGCCAGCCCGCCUGGAGGCCUGAGUCUCCCCGGAAACUUGCCGAUAGCGAGCCCACAGGAGUCAUAAGAAGGUUGAGCAGUGAGUAGAACGAGCAAGAUGCCGUCGGAGGAGGGUGCCAACGAAGUGAACCAGCAGGACGCUGUUCCUGCCGAGAACAAGACAGAGGUGAAGACGUCUCCGGUGAAGAAGACCAAACCAGUCAAGAUGCAGCUGUGCCGAGUGCUGUUGUUGGACGGGACAGAGUACGAAGUGGAGUUAGAUAAGAAGGCGAAGGGUCAGCAACUUUUUGACAUGAUCUGUGACCACCUGAAUCUCCUGGAGAAGGACUACUUCGGCAUUACCUACAGGGAUCCUCAGGACCAGAAGUACUGGCUGGAUCCACUGAAGGAGAUCAGGAAACAGAUAAAAGAUUUGGAAGAGAAAGAGAAUGUAAUCAUACCUCCAGGUGGGCCCUGGGUGUUCGGAUUCAAUGUGAAGUUCUACCCUCCAGACCCCGCCCAGCUGCAGGAGGACAUCACAAGGUACCAACUUUCUCUGCAGAUCAGAGAUGACAUCCUUAAGGGAAGACUGCCGUGCUCCUUUGUGACACACGCCCUGCUGGGCUCCUACAUCGUCCAAUCGGAGCUGGGAGACUACGACCCCGAGGAGCACAGCGCCGACUACCUGUCAGAGUUCAAGUUCGCACCCAACCAGACCAAGGAACUGGAAGAGAAGGUCAUGGAACUGCACAAAACACACAAGGGCCAGACACCGGCAGAGGCCGAGCUCCACUACCUUGAGAACGCCAAGAAGCUGGCGAUGUAUGGAGUCGACCUGCACCAUGCCAAGGUGCGUCAGGACGAAAAAGAUGACUCUGAAGGUGUGGAAAUCAUGCUGGGGGUGUGCGCGAACGGUCUACUGAUCUACCGGGACCGGCUGAGGAUAAAUCGCUUUGCUUGGCCCAAAAUCCUGAAGAUCUCUUUCAAGAGAAGCAACUUCUACAUCAAGAUCAGACCCGGGGAGUUUGAGCAGUUUGAGAGCACCAUUGGGUUCAAGCUGCCCAACCACCGUGCUGCCAAAAGGUUAUGGAAAGUCUGUGUGGAGCAUCACACCUUCUUCAGGCUGGUGUCCCCAGAGCCCCCACCCAAGAGCAAAAUCUUAUUCCUGGGGUCCAAGUUCCGCUACAGCGGGCGCACCCAACACCAGACACGACAGAUCAGCGCGCUGAUCGACCGCCCGGCUCCAAACUUCGAGCGUACCCUCAGCAAACGCUUCUCCAGCAAGAGCAUGGAUGCAGGUUUGUGGACAUCUCCUGGCUAUGCUCCAUACCGUGAGCAGAACCGACCAGACUUGUCAAAGCUCCCGCCGGACAUGUCUGCCAGUGCGGACGCUGUUGGUGCUGGGAAACUGCCGUACGCAGACGACGUCCCUCCGCAGGGUGACGAGAUCCCCUUCAUUGACGCUGACACAACAGACGACUUCUAUAGUGCCUACUCCCGACCAGGCGCCCAAAAGAGUCAGGGCGAGAAAGACGCCGAGCAGCAACGCAGGCAGAAGAAUAUCCACGAAAUGAAGAUGGAGUUCCUGAGUCAAACACCCCAGCCGGCGCCAGGGGGUUGGGACGCCAGAACCCCUCCCAAGACCCUGUCCCAGCAGAAAGAGGAGAAAGAGGAGCAUGAGGUGGCGGCGGCAGUGCAGGAGACCGUGCCGCCCGUGGCCGAGCCCGAGGUGAAUGGCACGGAGACGCAUGCUGCACCCCCGGAGCCUGCUGCCCCCGAAGAGUUAACAAAUAAGGUUGAUGAUGAUGAUGAGAUCCCGAAUGUUGAAAAUGCUGUGGUGGAUGAACUAGAGUCGCAGGAACCCCCCACCGUGGAGGUUAAGACAGAAACGGUCAAAUAUGUGGCCUCCGAUGAGGCCCAACCUGAGUUCACGUCGUCUGUCCCUAUUGUGAAAACUGAGUCCAAAACCAUCACGUACGAACAAAACGAGGACGGGGAGCCCGACCAGGACCCCGGUGUGCUGGUCAGCGCGCAGACAGUCACCAGCGAGACUAUCUCCACGACAACCACCACACACAUCACCAAGACGGUGAAGGGUGGCGUGGCAGAAACACGCAUUGAGAAGAGAAUCGUCAUUACAGGAGAUACUGACAUUGACCACGAUCAGUACAUGAAGAAAGAUGGCACGCUAGAGACUCACAUGGAAAGAACCACUGUCCUCACAGGGGACUCAAACCAGGAUGAGGCUCUUGCUGACCUGAUUAAGGAAGCUGCAGACCAAAACCCUGACAUGACGGUCACUAAGGUGGUGGUGCACAAGGAAGAGGGGGAGCAGCAGGUCACGACUAACGGGACGGGGGAAGACGACUGACGACGCCCAACAGUAGAGAGUCAGCAUGAAGACAGCACCAUUGCGUGGGAGGGAACCAGAGAAACAUGUGUACACUGAGUUCUGAAGAAACUGAAUGUUUUCACUGUUAAGAUUUUUCUGACGACUAUUUCACAAAGGAGCAAAACAGAAAAAAAUCACUUUUGUCUGGCUAUGUAGUACCUGUGCAGAAUUCUGCCCAUGUUCUUGUGACAAUGUAAUUUUAAACUCAUUGUGUGUUAGAGUAGAGAAAUUGUAGAAACUAUGUCAAGAGAGAGAGAGAGAGGUUGAAUGUAUUUGGAGUUGAUUUUUUUGCUGCCGCUUUAAAGGCUUGGCAGGCAGAUACUUAUUGUGUAGAGAAUUUUCAAGUUAGGACUAGAGUUAGGAUGAUUAAGCUGGAAGGACACAGCAUCGCUAACCAUGCUGAAUACCUGCAGAUCUUUACAUUGUUAUUAAUGGAGUCUGAAUGAUAUACUAGAGAUGCCAACUUUACUUAACAAAUUGUUGGCAUAGAGCGUAAUGUCUGGUCAGGUCUGGCAGUGGUAAGCAGAAUUCCAUCAGAAGACUGCGUGUAGGUUUUAUUUUUGAUAUGCACGCAUUGUUGUGUUUGUUUGUGAUUUUCCCUUUUCUAAUCAUGUCCAUCAUCAUGUGUGGCACUUUUGCUUCCUUGUAAAUUUGUCCUUAGUAAUUUUGCCAGACCCCUAUCUGUUGCUAAGCAGUGUAUACUAGACCCUAACUCCUGCUUGUAACUGAUGUAUCAUUUUGUAUAAAGGGGUUGGGAGCAGCGUAGUGGUGAAAAACAGUACAGUAGCACUGAGACUAGUAGAAUUUCCCCCAGCUUGCACUUUAUUAGUUCAUGGUCAAUCUCUAGGACUGCACAAAAUGAUAACAUCUGUGCUAUCCUACUCAAAGAGGAUGGAAUUAAGAAUGGAUUUGUUGCAGAAUAGCCAGUCUAACGUUCAAUUUUAUAGAUGAUGCUGACAUUGCCUUGUGUUUGAUUUAGAUUGUGUACAACAGUACGAAUUAUGGCUUUUGAGUUGAUGUUGUCACUGCUUUUUACUGAUUCUGAAAAACCACUGUGUUCUUUUAUGGAGUAGGCCUUUCAAAGGCUAGACUGUUGUGGUACUGUUUUAACAAUUCCACAUUUUAAUGCAAGCGUGAUGGGUGAUAUGCUACGUACUCUAGCAGAACUUGACUGAAUAAAUAAUUUCUCAUCAGUACAAA